AGUGCCCCAUUCAGACCCAUAAGUGCCCCCUCCAGCCCCAUAAGUGCCCCCUUGUGGCCCCAGGCCUGCCCCCCAUCCUGCCCCACUGUGGCAAUGGGCAAGGGGGCAAUGGGGGCAAGGAGGUGGGAAGUAGGGGCAAGAGAGGCAAUGGGGGCAAUGGAGUCAAUGGGGGCAACCAACCACUCAAUGGAGUCAAUGGAGGCAAUGGAGUUAAUGGGGGCAACCAACUACACAAUGUGGGCAACCAAGUCAAUGGAAGCAAUGGAGUCAAUGGAGGCAACCAAACACUCAACGUGGGCAACCAAGCACUCAAUGGAGUCAAUGGGGGCAAUGGAGUCAAUGGAGGCAACCAACAACUCAAUGGGGGCAACCAAGUCAAUGGAGUCAAUAUGGGCAACCAACCAGUCAAUGAAGGCAAUGGAGUCAAUGGAGGCAACCAACAACUCAAUGGGGGCAACCAAGUCAAUGGAGUCAAUGGGGGCAAUGGAGUCAAUGGAGUCAACGUGGGCAACCAAGUACUCAAUGGGGGCAACCAGACACUCAAUGGAGGCAAUGGAGUCAAUGGGGGCAACCAAGCACUCAAUGGAGUCAAUGGAGUCAAUGGGGGCAACCAGACACUCAAUAUGGGCAACCAACCAGUCAAUGGAGGCAAUGGAGUCAAUGGGGGCAACCAAGCACUCAAUGGGGGCAACCAAGUCAAUGGAGUCAAUGGGGGCAACCAAGCACUCAAUGGAGUCAAUGGAGUCAAUGGGGGCAACCAGACACUCAAUAUGGGCAACCAACCAGUCAAUGGAGGCAACCAAGUCAAUGGAGCCAAUGGGGGCAACCAAGAGGUCAAUGUGGCCACUCCGGACCUGAAUGGGAGCAAGCAGCUGAUGGAUGUGGGUGCCCAAGAGGUCAAUGGGGGCACCCAUAACAUCAAUGGGGGCAGCCCCAUUGCCAUCAAUGGGGGGAGCCCCAUUCCCAUCAAUGGGAGCCCCAUUCCCAUCAAUGGGAGCCCCAUUCCCAUCAAUGGGGGGAGCCCCAUUCCCAUCAAUGGAACCCCCAUUCCCAUCAAUGGGAGCCCCAUUCCCAUCAAUGGGAGCCCCAUUCCCACCAAUGGGAGCCCCAUUCCCACCAAUGGGAGCCCCAUUCCCAUCAAUGGGAGCCCCAUUCCCAUCAAUGGCAGCCCCAUUCCCAUCAAUGGGGGGAGCCCCAUUCCCAUCAAUGCUCCUCGUCGACAUCAACGUCGCCAUUGA